AUGACGGUCAACGAGUUUGAAUACUCACCCACUGACCAAUUUCCAGUUUCCAGACGGUCAUCGGACGAAAUUGUGCAGCUGAAGGACUUCCCACAUAGAGCGAGCCUACGGCCUUCAGUGGAGUUACCAGAAAUCACAUCUGUAAGGAGACAUGGCUCAGACACAGUGAGGCAACGAGCUCUGAGGUCUCAAUCUCAACAACAGCAUGGACACUCGGCGAGUGUUCAUUCGCAGCUCUCGCCUGCGGAAUCGAAGAGAUCACCUAGUAUACGGAAGAAGAAGAGGUUCAUGAUGAGCAAGACAGAAGUGAAGAGGAAGUUUUUCUACCCAGUAAAUGCCCCAAAAAGAGAACUGUCACGGCGUGGGAAAUAUCGCACGAGGUAUGAGUUGAAUUCUUGUUUCAAUUAUAUGAACAUCGACGUUGGAAUGUCUAAGGAAUUGUGCAUCAAUCAAUACGUUAGGUCGUACUACAUAAGAGAUGGUGAUUUGAUCAAGCCUAACCCACAACUACACGAAGAAGUCAAGGCAAUCACCGUGGAUUCCAACAAUAGAGUCAUACUUUAUACCCCAGCACCAACUGACAGAAAUAGUUCAGUGGCUGAUGCAGAACAGAUACUGAACGAGCAAUUACAAAAGCUUGGAGACACAUCAGCUUUGGCCAAGACGAGCCCCAUGUCACGGUCUUCUCAUAUGAAAACUUUUGCAACGUUCCCACCUACGAGGAAGCCAAACUUUGCACUAAGAAGAACGAACUCGUUACCAGUGAGGAUAAAGAACAACAGAUUAGAAACUCUGUGGAAUCUAUACCUCAGAAGAGCCAUCGCACGGAGAAUCAAAUGGAGAUUGGAACAUAUGGGACAGAGCUCUUCUGAUUUCACCUCCAAAUCGUACAAACUGAGCAGGGAGACAUCUGUGGAAACAAGUUUCUUCAUGUCACAUGUACUGCAUGAGGAUGGUAACGAAUCUAAGGAAGAGACAACCUCUACGCAGGAUCACCAGUCCCCAAAUCAAAGAGAUAAUGAACAUGACGGAUCACAAGAAAGUGUUUUAUCCUCGCCACGAAGUCCAACGUCUCCAAGAAGAGAUGAAAUGAUGGAUUCGCUAGAAAGGCUCAUCAAAGAAGUCGAAUCCAUCAUCAGUACAGUGGGCCAAUAA